AUGAGGCUUGUGGAUUCAGAGAAACUACUGGAACUACAGAGUAGUCCGGAAAAACUUCGCAAUAUUUGCAUUGUGGCCCAUGUGGAUCAUGGAAAAACAACAUUAGCGGACUCCUUGAUAUCAAGCAAUGGUAUCAUAUCUCAAAGAAUGUCUGGAAAACUGCGUUAUAUGGACAGUCGCCCUGAUGAACAGGAGAGGGGCAUUACUAUGAAAAGUAGUAGUAUUGCUUUGUACCACGCUUUGGAUAAAGAAGAAUAUCUCGUUAACCUCAUUGAUUCGCCUGGGCAUAUUGAUUUUUCUAGUGAAGUGUCUACUGCUGUGAGAUUAUGUGAUGGUGCAAUUGUUGUUGUGGAUGUUGUGGAAGGCGUGUGCCCUCAAACACGUCUAGCACUAAAACAGGCGUACUCUGAAAAUAUUCAUGCAGUUUUAGUAUUAAAUAAAAUAGAUCGGCUAAUCGUUGAAAUGAAAAUGAGUUCUUUAGAUGCAUAUGUACAUAUUACACAAGUACUUGAGCAAGUGAAUGCAGUUAUGGGAGAGCUAUUCGCCUCAGAAGUAUUGGAAAAUGAAGAAACACAGAUUGAUAGACAGAAGCUUAAAAAAGUCAACACAAAUGAAGACAAUAACUUUUAUGAUUGGACAUCAGCACUAGAGGAUGCAGACGACUCAAAUUUAUACUUUUCACCUGAACAAGGGAAUGUAGUGUUUGCAAGUGCUAUUGAUGGUUGGGGUUUCACUGUGCAUACUUUUGCAAAAUUAUUCUCAGCAAAACUCGGAGUCAAAGAAGAACUACUCAAAAAAGUACUUUGGGGUGACUUUUUCUUAAAUUCUAAAACGAAACGUUUUAUGAAAGGUGCACAAGAAAAAGCCAAGAAACCACUUUUCGUACAAGUUAUUUUUGAUAAUUUAUGGAAUGUUUAUGAAACUAUUGUACUUAGGAAUGAUAAGGAGAAGGUACCUCUUAUAUGUGAAAAACUCGGUAUUAAACUAACUACACGAGAUUUAAGACAUACAGACAGUAGGAUUCAGCUACAGGCACUAAUGAUGCAAUGGUUACCAUUGUCAAACACAGUGUUAGAUAUGGUUUGUACUAAAUUGCCUUCUCCGAAAGAAAUCUUGCCUGAAAAAGUUGAAAAACUUAUGUGCUCACGUAUUAGAGACUUUGAAUCUUAUCCGGAAGAAACAAAGAAACUUAAAGAUGACUUUUUAGCCUGUGAUAGCAGCAAUGAUAAACCUGUGAUUAUUUUUGUAUCUAAAAUGUUUAGUGUUGAUAAAAGUGUUUUACCAGAAAAUAAGCCUAAGGCUUUAACGGCAGAAGAAAUGGCUCUAAGAAGAGAAAAGGCAAGACAGAUGCGUGAAGAACUUAAACAGAAUAAUUUAAGUUCCGAACCAAUUUGUAUAUCAAAAAAUAAGGAAUCAUGUGAAAAUGAUACUGAAAAGUUUACUGAAGAACCAAAAGAAAAAGAUGAAAAUGAAACGGCAUUUAUAGCUUUUGCUAGAAUAUUUAGUGGUAAGGUUAGGAAAGGUGAUAAACUGUAUGUAUUAGGUCCAAAACAUGAUCCUUCCCUAGUAAAUAUUAAAAAAGACUUGAUUAUAGACCCUAAUAAGAAACUUAAAGACUUACAAAGUGAUGAACACAUAACAUGUACAGAAAUUAAAUCAUUGUAUAUAUUGAUGGGACGAGAAUUGAAAGAUAUUGACGAAGCAGUAGCUGGUAACAUAAUAGGUAUAGGUGGGUUAGAGCAACAUAUACUUAAAACAGCAACAUUAAGCAGUACUAUAGCUUGUCCGGCGUUCAGUGAGAUACAAUAUGCAGCAGUGCCAAUAUUGAGAGUUGCGAUAGAGCCAACUUAUCCCUCACAGUUAUCUCAACUAGUUAAAGGCUUAAAACUACUCAACCAAUCAGAUUCUUGUGUACAAGUUCUAUUGCAAGAAACAGGUGAACACGUUUUAGUAACAGCCGGUGAAGUUCAUUUACAAAGGUGUCUUGAGGACCUCAAGAAUCUAUAUGCAAAAAUACCCAUAACAGUAUCAGAACCUAUAGUACCAUUCAGAGAGACAAUUGUAGAACCACCUAAAAUUGAUAUGGCAAAUGAAGAAAUUGAUUCACAAAAUAUUGACAAAGGCAAAGAUACAGAACAGGAUCCAGUUAUAACUAUUACCACUAAUAAUAAACAAAGUACGAUUAAAAUACGUGCUAGACCCCUACCGAAUGAAAUAACCACCCUAUUAGACAGAUCAACAGAUUUAUUAAAAGCUAUAUCACAGCAUAUCAAAUCUUUACAAAGAUUAGUGAAAAACGACAAUUUAGAAGGUAAAUUCGAUGAACUAAAUAUAAACGGUAAACAUCAGUUAUCAGAUAGAAUGUUGAAACUUAUUGAGGUGUUUAAAAAUGAACUGCAAAAUAUUUGUUCCAAAUUGGGACCUGAGUGGAAAGACGUUGUCAAGCAAAUAUGGUCCGUUGGACCUAGGAAUUGUGGUCCAAAUUUGCUUCUAAAUCAAACACCAGAUUAUUGUACCAAAUUUUUACAUCAUGAAAAGGAAAUUAAAGAGGAUCCUAGAUUUGAAUAUGAGAGUAGUUUUUUGAAUGGUUUUCAAUUGGCGUCAUUAUCUGGACCGCUAUGUGAUGAACCAAUGAUGGGUGUAGCUUUUUGUGUUGAAGAAUGGACACUAGACAAAAAUGAAGAAGACACUUCAUAUACUUAUGGACCGUUAUCAGGUCAAAUAAUGUCAGCUGUAAAAGAAGGUUGCAAGAGAGCAUUCCAAGUUCAACCUCAAAGACUAAUGGCAGCCAUGUACUCGUGCGACAUCGUCGUAGACCAAAAAGUAUUAGGUAAGUGUAUGUGCUUGUGGGCCUUGAAGAGCUCGUUAAGCGGUCGGUCGCGGUUGUUACUAUAG